CGUCUUCGGUAGAGCUGUUCGUUUCGUGAUAUUUCUAAUUUUCUAUGCGUAAUUCCAAGAAUCCGAAUUGUUUCUUUACAAAGUUGGCUAAUAAUAAGGACAGUAUAUCUAACGAAAUACUUGAUUGAAAAUGCAAGACGAUUUAGAAGUCACGGGUAUCUCAAGGAGCGGUCGAGUCAGGAAGAAAAGCUCCAAAUUGAUGGAUUUCGAGUCACCUGAUGAUAUAGAGGCGAGGUACCGGAGGCAGACCCCAGUCAAGUCGUUCAUGGGGUUCAAGCAAGAAGAGACUGCCGAUUUUCAGCAAGAGCCUCCACCUGCAAGGCCUAUGGAAGAUGCGGGCGCAGCUACUGCAUCAGGCAGUGAAUCUGAUUAUUAUGAGAACAAUGGAGAAAAUGUUGAGAGUAUGGAAUCAGACAGCUCGGUGUCAGAUGAUGGCUCUGCUCGGACUCCAGCCAACUCCCUCUACAUGAUGGAGAAGAAUAACAAGAAGAAGUUGAUAGUCAAGGAUGGCAGGGUCGUGGGCCGGGCUAAAGCUCAGAGGAAAGAUAAGGGCAAAACCCGUAUCACAGCGUACAUGCUGUGGGCCAAGGAGGCCCGUAACGAGCUGCUGAGGAAGCACCCCGACAUGGACUUUUCAGCCAUCUCCAAACGUCUCGGGGAAAUGUGGGCCAAUGUAAACUACAACGAGCGGUACUCGUGGCGUCGCAAGGCCAAGCGGUACGCCAUACAGAAUGAGAAGCAGGCCAAUCAGCUGAACAAGAUCAUCUCGAAUCCAAACGUUCGCAGCGCCCACCCCGGGCCGGGCCGGCCGCCCGCCAGGGGCAAGCCGAGCCCCCCCGCACCUGCGCCGGCGCCGCAGGCUGCUGUGACUAGUAUCGCCGCGCGAGUUGAGCAGACUGCCCCCGGGGCGGGGCGCGCGCCCGGCUGCGGCGCCGCCGACACCGCCGCGCACCUGCGGCUGCUGGGGGAGAGCCUCGCCAUCAUCGGGCAGCGGCUCAAGGAGCACGAGGGCCAGAUAGCGGUGUCGGGCUCGCUGUCGGUGCUGCUGGACACGCUGCUGUGCUCGCUGGCGCCGCUGCUGUGCGUGGCGCGCGCGCUGCCGCCCGUGGCGCCGCCCGCGCGCCUGCUGCAGGCCACGCUGCAGGACAUCGCCUACAUCAUGCCCGGCCUCUGAAUAUACUGUUAGUGCUGCAGGACAUCGCCUACGUCAUGCCCGGCCUCUAGGCCCGUGGAGCGCCGCGGCGUGAUCGCUAUGAAUAUACCUGUUUGUUUGUAAUAUCUUUAUUGCAAUAGGCCUGUGUCGUAAAUUUCAAGAAUAGCUUAUUUCGAUACUUUAGUGUUUGUUUUACCCCAAGAAUAUAAUAUUUCAUGAUAAAAAUUAUAUUUAAAACACAUAUUUUAAGUUUAAAACUAAAAAUAUUUUUAAUCUGACGUAAAAACACAGGAAAGUGUCAUGGCGUCGUGAAUGACGACACAUAGUGGCAAGCGAUUGUGUUCACUUACGGCAAAAGUUGUUUUGUUUAAAUAAAAAUGGAAACUUCGUAUUUUAAAAAUUGAAUAGUGCACCAGUGUCCAAUAACAAGUAUAAAAACUUCGACUAAAAUAUUGAUACGUGUUCCGGUGAACCAAAAAAUGCGAAGAAAGUAGUUAAAGCUGGGAUGGUGCUCAUUGUUUGUUUAUCAACAACAUCGAGAAUGUAUUCUAUGAAGAUCAUUUCGGCAUAAGAAUGAUAAAAUAUAAAGUAGUGACAACAUAUUCAACUUGUACAUCUAAAGAACAACCAAAGCUUUAUUUGUUUUAAAACAACAAUGCAACAUUUGUUUUGAGGUUACAUUGUCUCAAAUUUGUAUUAUGUUAAAACACAGCCUUUAUAUUUAAUACUAACCUCAAAAUCUAUUAAUUGGUGUACAUUUCUUCAAAUAAUAAUUGACUGCGUGCUAAAGUGAAAUACAAGUGAAAUUUAUAAUAAGCAGUAUUUAAGUAUUGUUUAGGUAUACUUACAUAGAAAUUUUAACAUUACGAAAUUCCGAUGAACAAACGUCUGUGUUCGACGCGAAAACAUUAUAAGCAUAACAGCGUAAAUUUUAGGUAAAUUAUUGCUGUUCGCUUUUCUAAAUCCAAGUUCCAUGGCAGUUUAUGCUAGUAUUAUUCUAUGUAGGUAGAAAUAACACUCUCAAGUUAUCGAAAAAUGAUAUUAACAGAAAUUAAACAAAGUUACUUGUGCUGUUGUAUUAAAAAUUUGACCAAGCCUCAACAACAACUAUGACGCAUAUCACCAUGUGACGUAAUACGUUCUGAUUGGCGUUCACAGCCAGAGGGGACCGGGGGGAAAUUUAUUUGAUUUUAAUUUGUAAAAAUAACAAUAAUCUUAAAUUUUUAUGUGGAAUUCUUUCGGUUUUCCUUGUUUAAAUAUAACAAUUUACGCCUAGAAACAUUCAUCCAUUGGUUUCAUUGUUAGUGGACACAAGCCUAUUUACACAGUAACGAGACAAUAGUACAUGUAUUUAACUACGUCGUGUACGGAGUUUAGGGAGGUUGGUUGUAAUUGAUAUAAAUAAACAAUAUUAUCGUA